AUGCUCACCCUCUCUCUCCUGAGUCGGGGACACGGGAAGUUGGUCCAGAAUAAACAGAAGUUGGAAGUCUAUUUUGAACCAGAGGACUAUUUGAACUGGAAGUCCCCAGAAGACUAUGUCCUGGUCAGUAACCCCCAGGGUGGGGACAGUGCCAGCCAGCACUCCUGGAACCUCUUACUUCCUAAGACCUUCAGCACAAGAAAGGGAGCGCUGAUCCUAUACUCAGAGGGGCUAGCUGUGUCAGCCUGGACACCCAAAGAGAGGAAAAGAGGUCACAGGAAGAAGCCAGACCUUGAACUGCACACGCUUCAAGACCUCAAAGAAGCCAUUUUGGCAUACGGAAGGAGACAGAGGGAGCAGGACAGAGCCUGGCAACCUUACCUCUACUUCCGAAGCAAGUCAAAGAGCCAGACCCAACGGCAGAUCCAGCCUGGAUAUUCGGCCAAGAGAUACCUCCGAGGCCUUUUGCGGACAUGGUGCCCUGAUACCGUGUACAGACUCCAGUGUGCAGGACACAUCAAGGAUUCUGUGCUGCUCCAGGACAGUCAGCUCGGGGUACCCAAGAAUCUCCGGCCACAUCAGGAUCUUUCGGGUGUUCCCCCAAAAUACCAUCUCCUGCCUGUCUUCCCUUCCUUUUGGAUUCAACAGAGACCAUCUUAUGAACAAGGUACCAGGGAAGAUGAGAUUAGUGCAUACGUGGACCAGAGCCACAGCCAUCAGUGGACUCACAUGACGUCACUCAGGAAGCAGCCACAGCAGGAAGACGAAACCCGAGCCGAGGACACAUUGACAGAGAGCCACCUCCAUGUCCACGCUUCAGAGGAAAGUCACAAUGCAGAGCCUCAGCAAGCCUCCAGGCAGGCCCUUGGGUGUGCCCGCCUCGGUCACCUUCAGCUUCCUCUUGACAACUCCCUCUACGCGUUCUCCGGUGGUGCCUUCCCAGAUAAACAAGGGAACGUGAAACCCCACAAGGCCAGAGGCGGCUGCUUGUCACAGGAGCCUCCUGUUGAAAGAUGCCUUUUCCCACCUAUAGCAUCUGCCACGGGCUCAGAACAAAGGACGUUUGGGGAAACAAAGAAAAAGAAGGCACCAAAGGCUCUGAAAUUACCUCCUGUUUCAGAAGAACCCCCCAGAGUCCUCAACCCCCUGAGGAGCCAAUUUAAGGCCAAUGAACCCCCAAUGGAGCUCUUCAUUAUCCCAAUGGAGAUUCAUUUCCAUGCCCCACAGCCCCCCAAAGAAAAGGCCUGCAGAAGAGCUGCUCAGCACCCUGAAUCAGAUCCAGAACCAGAAGAGGCCACGCCUCUAUGGCGGCCUCCCCUGAAGCGGCUGUACUUAGAAAGGCCAAGGGGCAUCACGGUGCAUCUCCCGGUGGCCAGUGGCCAGGACACACCCUCACCUCAAGGAGAUGGUGAUAGCCUGGCCAAGAGCGAGGACCAACCCCUGCACCUCCCGCCCCCGAAUAAAGGGGAAAAAAGUCCAGAGAUCCGGAAGGACAUGGACAGCUGCAGGACAUCAGCCUGCAACAGUCCCACAGGUCGCUCAAAUGAGGGGGCGCUGCCAGCAAGACCAGAAAAUUCCAGAGACCCCACACUGGGACACUUCGUGCGGAGUCCAGAUGGUGAAAAGGUCUGCCUGUCGCUCGGGGGGCUCUCGGGAACAGAGGCGCUUCCACCGGGACAAGCAAACACUGAAUCCAGAACCAAUCCUCACCGAGAUCCUUAUGCAGCCUCCUCACCUUUGACUCAAGCAACAGAGACUCAGGAACGUGGAGAUGAACCUGACUCUCAUGAAGAACCAGGAGGACCCCAUAGAGGGAAUGAUGAAGACGGCCAAGACCCAGAGCCGAGGAGCGUGACCCUUGACCCCCUCAGUACUCCUGCGGCUGAGCACAACCAGACCUCCGAGGCUGACACCGUAAAAAGCACGGACAGAGAUUACGAUGUGUACCGCCUGCACAGAGGACUGCUAGAACGUGAGCCUGCAUCCCCGGAGAAGCUGGGUUCUGAGACUGCAUGUCUUCCUCUAAGAAAAAAAAAUAAGAAAAUGGAAGCAAAAUUGUCCAACCAGCAGUCCUCAGCUGCCAUCAGUCACGGAAGGGAUUUGGUUCACAAGCCUGAGAGGAAGAAAAAAACCAAGACAGACAAGGCCAGAGCCCCCAGAACAGAGCGAGAAGGAAGGGCCCUGGGGCAAGCAGAGGCUGCUGGAGGGAAGUCAAAGGAUUCAAAAACUGAAAAGAAAUCAGGGCUAAUUCCAAAAGAAAAGAAACCAGGCACUAAAAUGAAAAGGGCACACAGAGAAAGGGACGUGGAGACGGCGGCAGAGCUGAGUGAGCCCGAUGUCAGCAACGCCAAGGAAGCAGGUGGCACCUCAGAGAGAGGGCUCCUCCGCUCACACUCUGCCGCUGAGGAGCCUUGGCUUUCUCCUGAAUAUGAUGCUCUGGAGAGCCAGGUUUCUAUAGAUGGAAGAUCGUCACCCACACAGGCCAUGGGUGCCACUACCAACGUGGAAUCUGAGGAAGAGAGAAGCCCCGAGGACCCUUCCAAGGCCCUCCUGGAUAAGAGGCAGCAGGAGAAGGCUUCUCGAGACAGAAUUCGCAUAGAGAGGGCAGAGAUGAGGUGGCUGGAGGUGGAGCGGAGGAGAAGGGAGCAGGAAGAGCUGACCCGGCUCCAUAAGGAGCAGCUGGAGAGAGCGGAGAAGAUGAAGGAGGAGCUGGAACUGGAGCAGCAGAGGCGCAUUGAGGAGAUCCGCCUGAGAAAGCAGAGACUGGAGGAAGAGCGGCAGCGGCAGGAGGAAGCCGAGAGGAAGCGGAGACUCCAGCUGCAGGCGGCCCAGGAGAGAGCCCGGCAGCAGCAGGAGGAGCUCCGGAGGAAAAUGCAAGAACUGCAGAGGAAAAAGCAGCAGGAGGAGUUGGAGAGGGCCGAGGCCGAGAAGCAGCGGCAGAAGGAACUGGAAGUGCAGUUGGCAGAAGAACAGAAACGCCUGAUGGAAAUGGCCGAGGAAGAGCGGCUGGAGUACCGGAGGCAGAAACAAGAAGCGGAAGAGAAGGCUAGGCGGGAGGCUGAGGCGAGGAGGCAAGAGGAAGAGGCAGCAGCCAGGCUGGCGCUGGAGGAAGCCGUGAAGCUUGCGCAGGAGCAAGCCAGGCAAAAAGCUGUUUUGGAGAAACACCUUCAUUUUCAACAAGAACUCUUAAAGGAAGCCAGUGGUCUGCAGUGGACACAGAGCAUUUCCAGACCGUGGGUCUACUCAUACUUCCAGUUCCUACAAAUCCCCAAGCCAUAAGGCUAGAAGAAAGCAAAAAAGUAAGUUGAGAAAUGGUGGCAGAAGUUAUACUUCUAUAAUAAAGCUCCAGCCUGAGCUCACUUAGCUCCAUUUUAUCUGACUUACCUCAACCCAUACCUCCCACUUUCUUUACCCUGGAACCUAUUCCCAGCAUUCCUGCACACUCCACACACCCAGUUAACUUUUCACUUACUUAAAUCCUGUUGUGUUUUUUUAGGACCACAUUAAG